AUGCGGUCUGAAGAUGAUCCGACUCGACAGGAAGACGAAGACGACUCAUCGAUAGAAUCUGAUGUGCUUACGGUGGUGGAAAAAGACGACAACGGAUUCGUGUUUUACAAGUGCCGUUUUUGUGGACUCACCUUCAACUACAUGAACACGCUCCGAGCUCACGAACGUGUUCAUAACAUUUCACAGCCGUUCAUCUGUGGAAAAUGUGGCGAAUCGUACGAAUUUGCGUGCCAGCUGGAAUAUCACACCCAACAACAUGGAGAUAUGAAAGGAUACAAAUGCGAAUGUGGUCGUACGUUUUUCUCGUACACCGAAAUGCUCUAUCAUAAGCAUUCAGAUGAUCUCGAAAAGGAAAAAGAGGGAAAAGAAUUGCAUGGUUGUCCAAUGUUUGUCAAUCCGUCAACAAGUAAAGUAGCGUUCCUACAGGAACUGCCAACACCGGCAUACAUUGAGCAGGGAUUUGAGCCAAAGCAUCCAUUGAAGGUUGUUUAUUCGGACGUUCGAUCAAAGCCGUACAUUUGUGAAUACUGCUCGAAAAGUUAUGCAGAUAGUCGCCAAUUGGCCUACCACAUGUACAGUCACAGAGGCGAACGGCAGUUCAAUCCGCGGUCAUCUCGAUACUUGAUAGGUCGUCAUGGGGUAGGCUACACCGACCGCAAUUCUUACUUUAUGUUUCCAAGAACAAGUGGGUAUGUAGCCCCUCUGUAUUAA